GAGAGCACAUCAGGCGUGUCACGUGACGUUCGCGCGACCGGGCGAUGCUACAGACAGCGUGGUAGUCAGUGUUCCAUCGGCUCCGAGGUCUGGCCCAGUAGCACUAUCAUCUGCCAUGGCCGGUUAUGACCAGUGGGCAGUCCCAUCAGCCUCUGGGGUGUCUCGGAAUGAGCUGUACCAACAGCCGUAUCAAGAUCCGUACGCCCAACAGCCCCUAGACGGGUCUCGUCACCAGCUUUACCAGGCGCCGUACCAGGAUCCGUUCGCAGACCCGUACGCUCAGCAAGGCCCGAGCGGGUCUCACCACCAACUCUAUCAGGCGCCGUACCAGGACCAGUACGCCGAUGCGCAGGGUUAUGAUCCUGGUUUCUCGUACCAGCCUUCGAGGCAGCCGAGCUACGGCGCCAUGUACGUCGACCCAAAUGCGUACUACGAAGACCCGUACGGCCAGCAACUACAACCGGAAAUGCGAGCAGUGCCAGUGUAUCCUCAAGAGGCGUACCCGCCGCUCCAGCAGCCGCCAGAACAAGGGACGCAGGCGUAUUUCGCGGGAGAGCCUGGUGGCGGUGAUGGGACAACUUCAGCUUCCCCGUACAAGGCCAUGGCUGAGGAACCACCCCGGCGCGACUGCUUCAUGUUGGUAAUGCUUGGGUUCAUAAUUGUCGUCAUCUCUAUUGCUGCUCUGGUUAUUUUCUACGCACUCGGAGGUUUCGCGAGCAAGAAGACCACUGCCACGAAUGAAGUUGAAGGUUUCUUCGUGUCGGGUCGUGAUACUGCUCCGUUUGACCAGACUGAAAUGACGCAUCGAACACAGAAGCCGUGGACUAGGGCGACUAGGGCGACUAUGACACCAGCGACGCAAGCUCCUUGA